AUGACGACAAUUCGACCAUUUACAUGCGAGGAUAUGCUAUACUUUAAUAAUGUGAAUCUCGACCCAUUAACAGAAACGUAUGGGUUGUCUUUUUAUACACAAUAUUUAGCACAUUGGCCUGAGUUUUUUCAAGUAGCAGAAUCACCUAGUGGGGAAAUAAUGGGUUAUAUAAUGGGCAAAGCAGAAGGUCAUGGUGAUAAUUGGCAUGGCCAUGUAACUGCUUUAACAGUAAGUCCUGAUUACAGAAGACUGGGAAUAGCUGCAACUUUGAUGAAUAUUUUAGAAGAAUUUUCUGAAAAAAAAAAAGCAUACUUUGUAGAUUUAUUUGUGAGAGUAAGCAACAAAGUAGCAAUUAAUAUGUACAAAAAUUUGGGAUAUAUUGUGUAUAGAACUGUCCUUGAAUACUAUUCAGGAGAUCCAGAUGAAGAUGCCUAUGAUAUGAGGAAAGCAUGCUCAAGAGAUAUAAAUAAAAAAUCAGUUAUACCUUUAGCACAUCCAGUUAGACCAGAGGAUGUUGAU